AUGGGUGAGUUUUUGCUCAUAGAGCGAUACCAAGAUGGUGGAAACCAGAGAACAGCCGGAACAGAGUGUGUCCGCCGCCCACCUCUCCGCCUGGCGGUGGAGUCUUUUUACUCUCGCGAGGAGAGUGGGGCCUGCUGUUUCGAGAUGAUACGACAAAGAUUAAGACCUUUCGAAAGGGGAGGACGAGUUUAUGAGGAGUACUCCCACGCUCUCCAACACGAGCUGAAAAACUCGAGCGCCUCCAAAACAUUCGCUGGGUCAGCAUCUGCUACUUCUACCGGAGACGAAUACUUGCCCGUGGACGUGGACAUGAACCUGCUUAAGAACUUGCUCGACUCGUACUCAUCGCAGCAGGACCACUCGUUACAACUUAAGACCACGCGUUCGGACGAGAAUGCUGCUCUUGCGGGAUCCGAGAAUUAUAUAUUUCAGUUACCAGAAAAUGUCGGGUAUUUGAGAAGCUCGAUCAUGUGUUUCCACGGUUCCAAAGUCGAGGAUCUAGAAAAGCAACUAGAUCACGAGGCAGUGAAGUCCCCAGAGCUACCAAAUGAAGCAGCAAACCAACAAACCGAGGGAGAUGGAGAAGCGGCCAAAGAGGACUGCGGGAGCGGCCUCCCCGUCGCUCACAGAGCUCCGUGGCUGCGGGCUCUCGUCCUUGGCGCCAACGAUGGCCUGGUCUCGAUAGCAUCGCUCCUUCUGGGCGUGAGUGCCGGGAACAGUAACGAGCGCAGCAUCAUCCUCUCGGGCAUCGCGGGCCUCAUCGCCGGCGCGUGCAGCAUGGCGGUGGGAGAGUUCGUGUCGGUGUCCUCGCAGCGCGACACCGAGGUGGCCGAGAUAGAGAGGGAGCGGCGGCAGCACGCCGCCGGGGGUGACGCGGCGGCACGGGAGCUAGAGGAGUUGGCCCAGAUAUACGUGACGCGCGGACUGACGCCUGAGCUGGCGAGAGAGGUGGCUGCGCAGCUAUCCCGCGACGGCCAGGACGUGGUUAAAGUCCAUGCGAGGGAGGAGCUGGGCAUCGACGUGGACGCGCUGGCGCGACCGUGGCAGGCGGCUGCGGUGUCGGCGGCGGCGUUUACCACCGGCGGCGCUGUGCCGCUGCUUGCCGCGGGGUUCGUGGAGGCGUACCGCUGGCGGCUGGCGGCUAUCGGGUUGUCGACAAGCAUGGGACUGGCGGCAUUUGGGGCAUGCGGGGCGAGGCUUGGGAAGGCGCCCAUCCUCGCCGCCUCGACGCGCGUCACGGUUGGCGGUUGGAUCGCAAUGCUUGCCACCUUUGGGAUUCUCUACUUGGUCUCUAGAAACCAUCAAAAGGGUGAUCUAGACUUUUCUUAA